ACUGAGAUUCAGACGAAGAAAAUAAGGGGCAGGAGUGGAGAGCAAGACGCUCCCGCGUCGUUACAGGCGGGGUGCCUUGGGCUUUUUUCAAAAAUUUCCUUCAGAAAAACACCAAAUCGCUAACGGUGGUGAUGGAGCGGGAUCCGAGUCUGAGGUGAUUUUCGGGUUUCUUCCCCUCGCUCGCUUCUGUGCCUUCCGGCUGCCCGACCCGUCCUGCAGGCCCGCGUCGGUCCGCAGCCGCGUCCGGCGGGCGCGCUGGGGAAGCUCGUCGGGACAGUUCGGGGAACCGCCUGAGUCGCGCCCGUCAGGAAGGCCGCGCGGCGCGGACACCAACCCCGAAGGUUGGGCCUACGGGACCUGACGACGCUUCCCGGAACCCUGUGGCCGGGCCGUGGACGCAGCGGAACAUAAUAGCUGUGGUACCACCGCGCCGCGAAGCCCGACGGAGAGGCGGAAGUUGAAGGCUCUGAGAAAGCUGGAAGGGACUUUGCUCAUGGUGCCUUCCUGUCCGUGACUCCGCCCCCGCCGACGGGGUCCGCUCCGGAAUUCAAGAUGGAGUCGUUGAGUCGCGCCGGGCAGGAGAUGAGCCUAGCGGCCCUGAAGCAACACGACCCCUACAUCACCAGCAUCGCGGACCUCACGGGCCAGGUCGCGCUGUACACCUUCUGCCCCAAGGCCAACCAGUGGGAGAAGACUGAUAUAGAAGGAACCUUAUUUGUAUAUAAAAGGUCAGCUUCCCCUUAUCAUGGUUUUACCAUUGUGAAUCGACUGAAUAUGCACAAUCUUGUUGAACCAGUGAAUAAAGAUUUGGAAUUUCAGCUUCAUGAACCAUUUCUUCUAUAUAGAAAUGCAAGCUUGUCAAUAUACAGCAUCUGGUUUUAUGACAAGAAUGACUGUCACCGCAUAGCCAAGCUUAUGGCCGAUGUGGUACAAGAGGAGACGCGGCGGUCCCAGCAAGCUGCUCAGGACAAGCAGAGUCCCAGCCAGGCCAACGGCUGCAGUGACCAGAGGCCCAUCGACAUCCUGGAGAUGCUAAGCAGAGCCAAGGAUGAGUAUGAGAGGAAUCAGAUGGGUGACUCAAAUAUCCCCAGCCCUGGGUUACAGCCAAGUACUCAGCUCUGCAAUCUGGGAAGCACCGAGACUCUAGAGGAGAUGCCGUCUGGGUCACAAGAUAAGUCUGCCCUUUCUGGACACAAACAUCUGACCGUGGAAGAAUUAUUUGGAACCUCUCUGCCAAAGGAACAGCCAAGCACUGUGGGUCUGGACUCAGAAGUGGAGAAACUGCCAGGAGAUGUCUCCCAGAAAGAGCCCAGCUCGUUUCUACCAUUUUCCUUUGAGCCAUCAGCAGGGGCCCCUCCGUCAGAAAACCUGAGUGUCCACCCUGCUGCCCACCACUCAGUCCAACCUGAGGUCCCCGCCCCGGUGCUAAUCACUCCCGCCUCCAUCACACAGGCCCACGACAAGCAGGCCCCAGGAUACACGAUCCCGCUGCGCCCUGUGCUCAGUCCCACUCUGCCAGCAGAAGCUCCUGCAGCACAGGUUGCCCCCAGCUUACCCCGAAACACCACCAUGAUUCAGGCAGUGAAGACCACGCCACGACAGAGGUCUCCACUCCUCAGUCAGCCAGUCCCAGAGCUCAGCCCUGCCAGUCUGACCACCAGCCAGAGCCCCUUUAGGGCCCCACUGAACGUGACAAACGCAGCUGGUGCCUCCCUCCCAGGUGUCGAUAUUCUCCAGAAACUCAGGUUGACCCCACAGCAUGACCAAAUACAGACACAGUCACUUGGGAAGGGUGCAUUGGCAGCCAGCUUCUCGGCAGCAGCCGGCCGGCUGGCCACGCCAGAGAGCUUUACAGAGCCACCCGCUAAGGCGGCGGCAGCAAGGGCCCCAGCCUCCCUGAGCAACGUGGUGCUCGUUCCCCUUCAGUCUAUGCAGCAAAACCAGGAUCCUGAAGUCUUUGCCCAGCCCAAGGUGUUACCUAGUGCCAUCCCGGCUGCAGGCCCCACCCUGGCUGCUCCAGCCACCUUGGCAGUGUCUUCAGUGCUGCUGUCCCCAAGUGUUUUCCAGCAGACAGUUACAAGGUCCAUAGACCCAGAGAGGAAAGUGAGCUCCCCGUCUCCUCUGCCUGUUGGAACACCAGAAAAUCAGAGAAAGCCUUCCAUUAUUCUCAGCAAGUCUCAGCUCCAAGAUACGUUAAUACAUCUAAUAAAGAACGAUUCCAGCUUCCUCAGUACACUUCAUGAAGUCUACUUGCAGGUUCUGGCCAAGAAUAAAGACAACCACAGCCUCUGACUGCAGCAGAGUAAAUCUGAAGGCAGAAUGUCGACCUCAGAAACAAAUAGGCCUCAUCAUGGAAACUUCUAAGCAGAACAUUGAGUUUUAAGAAUUUUGAAAUUGAGCCUAUGAGAAAGAGACUCAUUCCUUACGAAUGUUUUUCAAGUGACGUUCUCAGUGAUAAUGGAAUUGUUUCACUGUGAAGCAUCACCAGCAGACCUUUGUUAUGACAAAAGAAAAAAAAAAGACCAUUGUGUUAAGUUGUGUGGGUGUUUUCCUCAGCUCUGAGCAAGUAUGUAAAAUAAGGAGUCUGAUUUUCAGCUUGCUCUCACUUUCAAGGUCUUAGGGAAGAGAGGUCACCAGCCUUGCAGCAGAGUUCAGCCCAGCCUGCCCUUCCUCCCCUAGAAACCUGAUCAUUGUUUAGGCUCAUAGUCAAGUUCUGAACAGAAGUCAGCUCUGCAGAGUUAGCUAUGAGUUUUAAGGAUCAGAAUUUAACUUGGCAAAUUAGGAUUGAUUCGUUCAAGAGAAAUAUUUUAUAUGAAUGCCCCAUUUGGGCGAUAAAAGUUGUGAAAUUUCUUAAUUGUGUAUUGUUUUUAAGUGUCCCUAGUGCUGCCAUGCAGUGGGCUCCCAGGGCAGUGAUAGCAUUUGGGUGGGGCCCUGCCAGGGCCUGUGAUGUGGGAGCAGGCAUGUCACACCUGUGAGGCAAAGGCUGGGGCUGGGAAAGCCCAAAUUCCAUCAGAAGUCUUCACUGUAAGUUAAACUCUCCAGUGGUUUUGAAAAUGUGAAGUUUGUGUGUGAAGCAUGGCCUUAUUUUCCUUUUCUGUCUAAAACAAUGAGAAGUCAUUGUUGAUUGUUUUCCGUAACACUUUGAUGAAAGGACCAGGGGACCAACCUGACAAAGCCAUUCUGGUUCCAUUCCUCGAGUCUGCUGAGAACAGUCCUAAAGCUAUGCAGAAAGGGAGCUCCUACUCACACUGCCCUUACUUUAUUGUAGAAUAUGGAGUUAAAAGUAAAAUGAAAGUCAGAACUUUACCAAUGUAUUCCUAGGCUGUGAGUACUUUAGCAGCCCAAAGUGUGAAAAUUGAAAAUAUGUACAGAUGCUUUGUUACGCUGCUAUUAAUCUGCCAUGAUUUAUAUUUAUUCUUUUAUGGCAUGUAAUGGGGAUUAGUAAUAUUUUAAUGUAGAUUCUGAUUUAUGUCAGCAAUAGUAAUUUUAAGAUAUUCUUUGGAAGUGUCUUCGUUUCUAUGAUACAGGUCAUUUUGUAGUAUUUAACCAAUUAAGAUGCACUGCUUACUGUGAGCACUGUUAAAUGACGUGGUGGAAACCUGAUAGGCCCACCCAGCUAGCAUAGGGAUUUGCUGUGAGUAACGCUGACAGAGGUGGGGACCCUCGGGAAUGGCUGUGUAAGCUUUACUGGUGACUUAUCACAAGUCCAUAGAUUUAUUCUAUCUGAGGUUUUACAGGAUUACUUGUGAAUUGCAUACUUGUUUUGGUUUGUUCUUAGUGUUUCAGGAUAAAGAAUGCUGUUUGAUUGGCUUCUGUUAAUUUAAACCUGCUUCCUGGGCAGCUUUUCUGCUUCUCCACUUAGUGUCUCCUGUUUCUCUUCUCUACCUAGUUAUUUGUGAACUGUGCAUAGGUCAGGGAUGCUUUUAAGCUCUCUUACUCCACUAGGAAUAGUUUGUUUUUCAAAGGUAGUAUAAAUUCAGCAACCAAAAAUGAACUGCUCGCACAUCACCCAGGAAAGAGUCGUGGGAAGAUGCGGGGCGUUGCCAGCACGUGGAGGUGGUGGCCAGGGAGCCCCGUGACCGUCCUCAGUGGUUGUGCUCGGUGUUUGGCUGCUCCUCCCGUGCCGUCUCAGUGGGCUUUGCUGACAAAAGAGUCAGGGGGCGUGGAGGGGGAGGGUUGCAGUUAGAGCAGACAGGCGGGCUGAAAUGACGAUUUGAGUGUGUAUGAUAGGGAGUUAAGAGAAAAUAUCCUGUGGAAGGUCUGUAAUCAGACAGGCUCGUUUUCACCCUUGACUCCAAGGAAUGAAUGUGGCAGACGGUAAAGAGAAUCUCUGAUGGGUCUUCUUGGUGCAACAGUAGACUUUCAAGUGCCCUAGUCGUGGAGACUUGAAAAGGGUAAUAAACCUGUUUCAGCUCCCAGAUGUAGAUAUCAGAGCAUCUGUCAAAUGCAGAAGACAGAAGUCACUGUCAUGGUCACCAAGAAGUUGGGGCCAGAGUGAGUCCCUAGGGAAGUCCGGCAGGCCUGACAGGCUGUGGUCGGGGACCAGCGGGAAGUCGCGGUUUGGCCUUCCUGCUCAUGCGGGCGCACUCUCCACACCGUGUGCUAGCUUAGGUGCAUGUUUACAUUGCUGCACUGACUUCCCCGGAACCUGUUCUUAAAACUUAGUUGACUCAGAAUGGACACCACAACAGAUGCUUCUUGCUAGGUUUUGUGGAUUCCAGGGGAUGUACAUGUAAGCUGCCGUGUGUAUCUGUGCCCCAACCCCAGCCCCGGGAGGGGGGUGCUGCUGUUUCGUCAGCAGUUGAUGUGGUGUCUUUGAGAGGACUCCUGCCCCUCCCAGGUGGCCCUGCCCUUCAGGGCAGAGGGCCCUCCUCAUUGGGCAUCUCUCCUGAGGUUUGUAGGGUGUGACCUGGAAUCCUAAGUCUUCGAGUGACUGUCAGCGUCGGGAAAUGCAGUUCAUGCAUCCGCAUGGGAAUGUGUGCAGCUCACUCGAAGGCUCUUGGGUAGCGAUCACAGAGGGCGUUCCUUAGAGCCCAAGUCAGCCUCGGUCCUUCGCCACCAGAGGGUACGCAGGCUUAGACUUCGUGCAGGUCAAGCAUUGCUCUUUCUCUGUGUUUCUGUGUAAAAAUUAUAAACCCCAUGAGAUCCUCCACUAGGUAAAUAUUUUUAAACCACACAGCUUUAUUAUUCUCCCCAAAGAAUAGUUUGAAAUGUCCUCAUUUUGGUAGUAGAGGCCAUAGCUGUGCCAUUGUAUUACUAAUAAUGCAACAUGAAAUCAGAGGUGCCUAACUGCCUAAAAACAAAAUUGGCCAUCAUACUGUAACUCUGGGCGAAACGUAGGGACAGAGGUAUGAGGCGGCACGGGCACAAGCGGGCGGCUGUCCUGUGAGUGAGACCAGGGUGUCAGGGACGAGUGUCCUGCGUUCCUGCUGCAUAUUUGCUGCUGAGCAUGUGUUUCUCUCUGACAUGUCUGUGAUUUCCUUCAGUUGUAUUCAAACUACUUUCUGAAACUGGUAGUGCCCUGUGUUUUCAGGUGACUGAAAUUGAACAAGUAAAGCAAACUUACGCAGGGGCUUUUAAAAGCUGUGUUUGAUGACACUUCCCCGAGUGGGCCAGGGCCUCAAGGAGCCUGUUCCAGCAAAUUCAGCAGGAAAGAGUGUGCAGUGUUUCACUCGGUUUUGUAUUUGACAUCUUCAUCGAAAAUGCUAAGAUGCAAUAUCACUCCCUUCGAGUGGGGAAAAUGCAGAAUUGUGUUUCCCUUUUAUCUGUACGACUCCUGAAGAAACAUGUUUUUAAAAUAUUUGUUCGAAGUGGUUUUUUAUUCUGUAUCACUGCUUCUGGCCAUGUGGCUCUCACAACUUGCAGUGUGCCGGACGCUCAGCUCCCUGAAACGCAGGGGCGAGAAGCGCUGGAAUCACGGCAAGAUUUUCGUUCCCCAAGCGCGAUACUCCAUCAUUAACUUUUUUAAUGGUACGGAUUUUGUACCAUCUGUGUAUGUUUGCAAAUAUUAAGUUAUUAUGUGUUUUCAAAUGAGCAUUUUUCAUCCUAAAUUUUAUAUGUUUGCAAAUAUAUUUUUUUAAUAAAAGUUCAAAACCAAGUUUUAGCACCUACUAAA